UUCUUUGCUUCGUCUUCAUGCUUGACUUCUUCAUUCUCUGCUUUGUAUUUAUUCUCUCCUAAAUCGAAGAACGUUGUGAAAUUAUCUUCUUGUCUUCUUAAACAAUAGCUACAUCGGAGCAAGAUCGAGAUCAAGAAUAAUCUCGAGCAAUCACAAUGGCCAUAACUCCCUCCACAAACGCCUAUCCUAAGGUGGCCUUCAUUGGCCUCGGAGCCAUGGGCUUCGCCAUGUCAACACAUCUCGUGCGAACAGGAUUUCCAGUCAUCGGCUACGAUAUCUAUGGCCCGACGCUGGAUCGAUGGCAAUCGACGUGCGACGAGAUAUCCGGGUCAAAAGCUACCACCGCUAAAUCUCCAUCAGAAGCAGUCCAGGGCGUUUCAGUGGUGUGUUUAAUGGUCGCAAAUCAUCACCACGUCCACUCCGCGUUGUUUGAUGAUAAAGUCGGAGCUGUCCAUGCCCUUCCCAAGGACUGCACGGUGAUAAUUCAUGCCACGAUUCCGCCCACCGAGCCAUCAUCUGUACGCGUGAGACUGACGGAGGACUUCAAACGCCCUGACGUAAAGUUGAUUGAUGCGCCUGUGUCUGGUGGAGCGGCGAGAUCCAUUAACGGCACUUUGACAAUAAUGGCUGCGUCCGACAGUCCCAAGAAUCUAGAACAACCUGACGCAAGGGCCGUUCUCGACAAUGUAGCCAGCAAGGGCAAGACACUCUUCAUCAUUCCUGGCUCUUUAGGUGCUGGCCAAUCUGCCAAAGCGCUCAACCAAGUGCAAGCGGGCAUCCAUAUCCCCUCCGCAUCGGAGAUCAUGGGCCUAGCGGCGGUCCACGGUGUUGACACGCAGAAGUUCUAUGACUACCUCGUCUCGAAAGACGGUUCAGGCAAGAAUCCGGUGGGCUGGAGUUGGAUGCUGGACAAUCGCGGACCGAGAAUGCUAAGUGCGACCCCACCCAUGGCAUCUGCUACCCUUAUCAUCAACAAGGAUGUUGGUAUCAUCCGGGACGAAGAGACAAGACUCAACGUCGCAUUGCCGCUCUUGAACAGGUCAAGCGAAGUCCUCAAGGACGUGAUGCAAACCCACGCUACGGCCGACGAUAGUUGCAUCGUACAGUACUAUCUGGGCUUCGGAUCUGACAAGGAGAACUUGGUCGUUGAACUGGCAGGCAAGCCUACCGUCUCGGCCAGUGAACAAGAUAGCCUGAUCCAGGACUUGGCUACAGCACAUGGAAUCAUCCACCUCGUUUCUGCGUUUGAGACAAUCAGCUUUGCACAAGCUCUCGAUCUCAUGCGUCCCGAGCAACGAAAGCAAUGGUUCACCUUGAUCUCCGGUGCCGCAGGUGGCAGUACGAUUUUCUCAGAUGUCAUCCCAAGAGCAUUUGAAGAUACAGAAGGCAUUGAAGCAGCUUUUAAAAAGUAUGCAAAGGAGAAGUUUGGAGGUGCUUCAGACAAGGUGCUUAAUCUCAUCAAGCAUGCUAAGAGCCAGAAUUAUGAGCCACGAAUCCUAGAGGCUGCCAUGAGCCAUUUCCAGAAAUUCAUUCAGGCAUAGACAAUCAUGCGUCCUGGCCAAUUAUCUUCAAUUGGCUUCGACCUCGUGCAUUUCAAAUAUGGCGCUUUGGUGUUUUGGAAUCAUCGGAAUUGCUGCCGCAAGCAAGAGACUUCCUCGAAGUGGUAGAUACGAGUCUCAGUAUAGGCUCCUUUGGUAUUGGUACCGCUUUCGUUGUCUCUGUCACGAGAGCAGAUAUCAAUGAGGAAUUUGUGGCCCGUGAGAAAGUUGGACUAUCAUCCAAGGUUUUCAGUAUCAAGCAAAAGUCAGAAAGAUUUGUGCCCAGUUAGGCCCACCAACCUGGGGCCAGCUUUGGGGGCAUGUCUAUC